AUCCAUGGACACAGCUUAUUAACUUACAGAGAAGCUGAAGAGAUCACUAGCACACCAAUAAACGUAACACUAACUAGGUAGCCAUCUGGACUCAAUGGUUGGUGGGGCCUUCUUGAGAAAACCAAAGGACGAGAGAAUUAGCCACUACAAGUAGACAUAGACGGUCGUUGAGAUACAUUUGACAUAUAAUGGCAGGGAAAUGGAAAGGGCCGGGGAUUGGAAUUGAUCUGGGUACAACAUAUUCAUGUGUUGGAGUAUGGCAGCACGACCAUAUAGAAAUCAUUGUCAACGAUCAGGGAAACAGAACGACUCCAUCAUAUGUUGCAUUCACAAAUACAGAGAGAUUGAUUGGGGAUGGAGCUAAAAAUCAGGUAGCUGUCAAUUCCAUCAAUACUGUUUUUGAUGCUAAAAGAUUGAUUGGUAGGAGGUUUAGUGAUGCAUGCGUGCAAAGUGACGCUAAGUGUUGGCCUUUCAAGGUGAUUUCCGGUUUAGAAGACAAACCAAUGAUAGUUAUCAACUACAAAGGUGAGGAGAAGAAGUUCUUUGCGGAGGAAAUCUCUUCCAUGGUUCUAAUGAAGAUGAAGGAGACUGCUGAGGAAUUUUUGGAAACACCAGUGAGAAAUGCUGUCAUUACUGUCCCGGCCUACUUCAACGACUCACAAAGGCAAGCUACAAAAGAUGCUGGUGUAAUUUCUGGUCUGAAUGUGAUGCGUAUCAUCAUUGAGCCAACUGCUGCUGCAAUUGCCUACGGACUAGACAAGAAUAGAGCAAGAUGUGUUGGAGAGAAGAACGUCCUUAUUUUUGACCUUGGAGGUGGAACAUUCGAUGUCUCUCUCUUGACCAUUGAUGAUUCCAUCUUUGAAGUGAAGGCCACAUCUGGUGAUACCCAUUUGGGAGGGGAAGACUUUGAUAAUAGAAUGGUGAAUCAUUUUGUGCAAGAAUUCAAACGUAAAAAGAACAAGGACAUAAGUGGAAACCCCCGUGCCCUAAGUAGACUGAGGACGGCUUGCGAGAGGACAAAAAGGGCACUUUCAUAUACUGCAGAGACAACUGUAGAUAUUGAUUCUCUCUUUGAAGGUGAAGACUUUAAUUCUAAAAUAACCCAAGCUAGGUUUGAGGAGAUGAACAUGGAUCUAUUCAUUAAGUGUAUGGAGAGUGUUGAGAAAUGCUUGAAUGAUGCAGAGAUGGAGAAGAGCAGCGUGGAUGAUGUUGUUCUGGUUGGUGGGUCUACUAGAAUUCCGAAAGUGCAGCAGCUUCUUAAGGAGUUCUUCAAUGGUAAGGAACUCUGCAAGAGACUCAAUCCUGAUGAGGCUGUUGCCUAUGGUGCUGCAGUUCAAGCUGCCAUGUUGGUUGGUGAGGGAAAUCAGCAAGUUCAAGAUCUUGUACUUCUGGAUGUCACCCCCCUCUCUCUUGGAAUUGAUGUACUCGGAGAUAUCAUGUCAGUCUUGAUUCCUAGGAACAGUACCAUCCCCCAAAAGGUGGAGAAAGUCUUUGGUACAAGCUGUGACAACCAAUUGGAAUUUUCUAUUAAAGUGUACGAGGGUGAGAGAUUGAUGACAGAAGAUAAUAACUUGCUUGGAGAAUUUGUUCUGUCCGAAAUUCCCCCGGCGCCUAGGGGUGUUUCUAAAUGCACAGUAUGUUUUGAUAUCGACGUAAACGGGAUAUUAUAUGUUUCUGCAGAGGAAAAGACAACGGGUGGGAAGAAGAUGAUGACGAUAAGGAAUGAAAAUGGGAGGUUAACUACUGAAGAGAUAGAGAAGUUGGUGCAAGAAGCGGAGAAGUUCAGAUUGGAGGAUGAGAGGAACAAGAAGGCAGCAGAGGCCAGGAAUGAGGCGGAGAAGUAUGCUUACAACAUUGCCAAGGCUCGCGGUGCUGGUUCUUUGAUAACCAAGAUUGAGGAAGUUGAUUGAAUUAUUUUAUUGAAUUAGUUGCUUGAGUAUUUUAAAUAACGUUAUUUUGUUGCUAGACAAAUGAAGCUGUUAUGUACUUUGAGCUUGAGAUGUUGCAAAGUAUAUAAGUUCAGUCUGUGAUUGAAUUAUUAACAAGUUUGAGGUUUAUCUAC